UUGUGUGAGAUCAGUCAAAGGUUGACAAGUGGAUCGCGUUACAUGAGAGUGUUGGUAGAAACCAUAGUGCAUAAACGAUCAAAAUCGACAGCAUAAUCUGGUUAAACCAAUCAUCACUUUAAACGGUGUUAAUCGUUCCUUCGUUUAAGGAUCUUAAACGUUUUCUGAAAAAGAUUCUUUUUCAGUUAAAACAAAAACCAAAAGAUGACAACUUGGCAGAAUACACCAGGUGCAGGAUUUUAUGCAGGGCAUCAAGGUUAUCCUCCCCAAAAUCCUGGUUAUCCGUCUCAAGAAGGGUACCCUCCUGGAUAUCCACCUCCUUACGGAGGAAAUCCACCACCACCAGGUCCUGGUUUUAUUCCUCCAGGGGCACCUCCUUACGGACAAAUUCCACCAGGUGGUCCAAUAUUUGGUACAGGUCCACAAUCAGGCAUGUACGGGUCAAAUUAUGAGGAAUCUAUGCACUCUGAUGGCAUCAAAGGACUUGAGUUCAGUGAUAAAACCAUUAGAAAUGGAUUCAUCAGGAAAGUGUACAGUAUACUAAUGAUUCAGCUGCUGAUUACAGUAUCGAUGAUUGCGCUCUUCCUUUUCCAUGAACCUACUAGAAAAUAUGUUCGAUCUCAUCAAGAGCUAUUUUGGAUCUCCUUUGUAGCAACUCUUGUCCUGAUUAUAUGUAUGGCUUGUUGUACUAGUGUGAGACGAAAAGCCCCUAUGAAUUAUGUGUUUUUAUUGCUAUUUACAAUAGCAGAAAGUUUUCUGUUAGCUACUGCUGCUUCUACAUACAACUCUAAAGAGGUACUAUUGGCGAUUGGAAUUACUGCAGCUGUUUGUUUUGCAUUAACAUUAUUCGCAUUCCAAACGAAAUUUGACUUCACUGCUCUUAACACCAUUUUGUUUGUUGCACUGAUCAUUUUCGUACUCUUUGGAAUAAUCGCAACAAUAUGGCGUGGACCAGUUAUGACCUUAGUAUAUGCAUCAAUUGGGGCCCUUCUUUUCUCUAUUUAUUUGAUCUAUGAUACACAAAUGAUGAUUGGUGGUAAUCACAAGUAUUCGAUUUCUGCGGAAGAGUAUAUUUUUGCAGCACUAAGCCUUUAUAUAGAUAUCAUCAAUAUCUUCAUAUACAUUUUGACAAUUAUUGGCGCCUCACGAGAUUAAAUAUUGUAAAACACAUUCUUUUGUCGCUGGAUUAGUCUUUAAUGCAAAAUGCUUUUACUUACCAUUGUUCUAUUCUGGCUCUCUCCCAUAGAGAGUAUGUUACAGAAAAACAAUGAAAGGCAUUGAAAAAAAAAGUAUUGGCAGAGAAGUAUGAAUUUCUAUAAGAUAAUAGCGUAAUAGCUUUUACAUAAUUUUCAAAGUAUAUCAAAUACAGAGAUUAUAGAGGAACAAAAUUAUUGUAAAGUUCAAACUCUAGUCUUAUAAGUGAAAUAAUUCCUAUUUUCACUAGGACAGAUGAGCCAAACGUUAUAUAUAUAGUGAAAAGCAUAAAGUUCACAAAAAAUGCAAAUGCUCUGCUGAAACAACUAAUCAUGAUGUUUUUUCAUCUUUUCUAAAAAAAGUGUAUUUGUUUUUAUUGAACUUACUUUAAAAGAAGUAUAGUUUAUUUUGUAAAAAGGACUUUUUUUUAUUAUAUUAAGAAAUAAAUACCGUAUGUCCAGCAAAUGCGUUUUAACGAUGUUAAUAUCUGUAUUAGAUGUAAUAUUAUAGCACGUAGAUAUUAAUAUCAUUAUUCCAAUUACUCUAAUAAUGUAUACAUACUUUUACUCGUUAUGUGUGUUAGAAAAUAGAUGUUAUACGUUAUAUUAUUUCAACAUAUUUGCAGAAUAAAAUAAAAUUUUGAAAGUAUUAAAUAAUAUUCUUAUCUCUUAUUGUAUAAAUUUAUUUCGCUUUUUGCACUGGUAUAUAAAACAGAAUAUUAAACUCAUGACCAUGUAUAAUCGAUUUACAUACAUCUCAAAUCUACAAGCAAAAGAAAUAAUUUUACAAAUUUUUUAAUUUGGUAAAAUCCAAAGUAAUUAUACAUAGUAGCAGUAACGAAGUAAGUAUACAGCUAUUCUCAUUAAAGAAAAUCAUUAGUUAUAUUCCAUUAUUAUACUGCAAAUAUUUAUGUAAAUUCAUAUUUAUAUGUAAGCGACCAGAGAGGAAAUGAGUGUUCACGGCCGUAGUUCUAGUUGUUCCGGGGAUAGUGCUGCAUCAUGCAGCCAAGCGUUGAAGGCGACGCACGCUAGCAUAUACAAAAACUUAUAAAAUUAUAGAUUUCUGACUUGUUUGGUUCCACGCUACCAUAUACAAGAAUCUAUGUAUUAAAAUUUAAAGCACAGACGAGUAUACAGCAUAGACCUUGCAUCUUACCUAUCAUGUUCUGAAAUAUCGAUCGUGUGAAAAUAAUUUUCGUCUAAAAACGGAUCAGCGCAAUAGGUAAAUGCUACAGGAAAAUAAUUAAAAUAUUGCUCCUGUUUAUUCAUCUUAUUUGUUUUAACUCCAUGAUACAUUUAAUUUCUGGUAUAGAGCCUUUUUAAGUAAUUUUAUAAUCGCGUUAUGUAAGACUUGGUAUUUUUCUGACCGCGUUAUACAGGGUGUUCGGCUACAGGUGUAAAAAAAUUUGAGAGGUGAUUCUUGAAGCUAAAAUGAGAUGAAAAUCAGAAAUAAAAAAAUUGAGUUUUCUGCUUUGUAUUUUAAUUACUGUAAAUUAAAAAUUAGCCAAAAUAAUCCUGUGCGCGAGCAAACCUCCUUACAUGAGCGAAAAUAGAUCAGCAACUUCUUUUUUAUCUUUGAUAUUGUAUAACAAGCGAAUUAUACAUUUUGUUAAAAUGUGUUAAGUCAGAAUUAUGUAAAAACAGAAUUGUAUGUAUAUGUAUUUUAAAUUAUAUUGUAUAGUACUUCAUUACUGUAAUAAUAACUUUACUUUACUGUUGUAGUAAUUA